AUGGCGACUAUUAUUCGCCAGCACAGAAAUGGAAAUGCGAAAUCCUUCUCGAUACACCACGACCCGAUGGAUGGCGACGAGUCUGUAGACGACGAGGAACACGGCAUGGACGAUUCGAGGAUAGAGGAGCCCGAAGAGCACGAUGAUGCAUAUUCAGACACGUCUGAAGAGAGCGACGGGGCAGUGGACCCGGUUGUGCAGGAGGAUAUGAACAAGAUCCAGGAAAGCAAAGGAAUCAAGAACCGAUAUCGACUGAUAAAUCGUAUUGGAGAGGGGACGUUUUCCACAGUAUACAAGGCCGAGGAUCUUGAAUACGAGAAUUACAGGAAUGAAUGGGACAUUGAGGAGAAGGAAACCCCCCGAUCGACAUCACCGCCUCUGAAGAAGGAACGUCGGAUGCAACCCAUGUCAGAGAUGGACGAUUACGGCCAGCAGCGCCGGCGACCCAAAUAUGUAGCCAUCAAGAAGAUCUACGUAACCAGCAGUCCUUCCCGAAUCCUCAACGAACUCGAGCUUCUCAACAACCUCCGCGGCUUCGACUCGGUGUGCCCUCUCAUCACCGCCUUCCGCUCCACCGACCAAGUCGUCGCCGUGCUCCCAUACUUCCGACACACUGAUUUCCGCGAGUACUUCCGCAAGAUGACGGUCCCAGACAUGCAGAUCUACUUCCGCUCUCUCUUCCAGUCCCUAGCAGCCGUACACUCCAAGGGCAUCAUCCACCGGGACAUCAAGCCCACGAACUUCCUCUACGAGCCCGACAAGAAACGCGGCGUACUCGUCGACUUCGGGUUAGCAGAACGCGAAGGCACAGACGCCAAACCGUGCCUAUGUCAAGAGCACCCCAACGAGCGCAAACGGCGCAUCCACAACAGCGUAGCAGCCAACGCCGGGCCCUCGAGUGGCUACCCAAAGAACGACACACGACCCUCCCGCCGGGCUAACCGCGCCGGAACCCGCGGCUUCAGAGCGCCCGAAGUCCUCUUCAAAUGCACCGAGCAGAGCACCAAGAUCGACAUCUGGUCCGCGGGCGUGAUCUUGCUCACCAUCCUCUCGCGGCGCUUCCCGUUCUUCAACUCGGCGGACGACGUCGAGGCCACGAUUGAGAUUGCCACCAUCUUCGGUAUCAAGCGCAUGAAGUCGUGCGCCUACCUGCACGGCGUCGUCUUUGAGAGCAACAUCCCGACGAUCGGGAACGCGGGCUUCACGCUGGAGAAGAUCAUCCUGUGGUCAACGUGCCGGAACGACGGCGGCAAGAACGGCGCCGAGGACCCGUUGACGGCAGAGGAGAUGCUCGCGGUCAGAUUCCUGGAGCGCUGCUUCGAGCUGGAUCCCAAUCGGAGGAUCAGCGCCAAGGAGGCGCUUGAGCAUCCGUUCUUGAAGGUGGAAGAGAAGGAGAAGGAAGAAGAAGAGGAGGGCGAUGUGUAUACGGAUGAGGACGAGAUGCAGAUGAUGUAA